UCCACCUAUGCAAGUCUUAAUGUCGAUAGCUAUAUGCAGUUUAUUACGCGACUAGAUUAAGAAAAAUCUCAUUCGAAACGGAGACUACAAUCAGUGGGUGAGAAAAAUCUAAACCGACAAGAUGUCAACAUCAGCGAACAGCAACGAAGAGAGUUACACGAUUCUUCUCCUGAACGUGCACACCAACACCUACCUGAGUGCGGGAUCCAAUAAAAACAGCAACCUUCGGGAAGUAACGCUUGAUAGGACAUCCGGAAGCAAGCUAAAUCCGGCAGCAUUCACCCCAGGGAAAAUAUUGACAUACGAUGAGCGAAGCAUCAAGAUGAAAAAUAUUGCCUACGGUGGGGAAGUGCAGCACUAUUGGAACUAUGGAUCGCAGCAUCAGUGGACCCUCAUACCGCGUAAAUGCUUUUGGUACUAUUUUAUUGAGCAUGAAUGCUACCGGGAACCGCUCAUUUCAGCAAAGGAAUUAAAUUCAAAAGAGUUUUCGGUCAGAACGUGGUGCUGUAAUAAAGAGAAACCCAGAGAAGGCUUCUGGUCGCUUAUUCUACACCCCAGUGGACAUUAUAUACUGGAACAAAGCGUUUCGCACUUCCUGUGCGCAUCGGAUGACAGCCCGGAUGGCGUCCACGUGCGACAAUGGUAUCCGGACUAUCGUGACCAAAUAUACGAGCUGACAGAUGAUUCAACUGCAUUGAUAAUAUUGCAUCAAUCGUUGUAACAUUUUCAGUGAUGAUGAUAUCAUCGUCAGGCAUUCCCCUGAAUAUGCAUAUGCAUGCGGCUAGAGCAAAAUAAUGGUUGUAUUAGAGUGGUGCACUACUAGGUAAUUGUUUUGAAUUAAUUAGGUUUAAAUAAAAAUAAAACAAUAUAAGUUAAUCAAAGUAGGAAAAGCUAGUCGUCAGACUCAAACAUGAAUUUUUGAAAUGUGUUAAAGUUGGAUAUUUUCAAAGCUUCUGCUUAAAAUUACUAUGUGUAAUUAUGUCUCGUAAAUAUGUAUUGUAAAAAAAAACAAAAUUUUGCUUCAGUGGAAAACUAUAAAAUAGAUAAAAUUUAUUCUAUUUUAAGUACCUACAUAUUUGUGAAAAACCCUCUUGGCAAUCUUCUAUAUAGUGCUUUGUUCUGAAACACCCUGCAAAUUCUUUCUGUUGGAUGGUUGGUCGACAUGUUAAGUUAUACAUUUAUGUUGGCAAACAAAACUUGUCGGAGGAGCUUAAAGGAAAGACUCUCUGAACCGACUAAUUGGAGGACGUUUCAGUAUCUACGGGUGUUGUAUGUAUGCAUAAGUAUAUAUCAAAACUCCAUCAAUGUCUGGUAAUCCGAAAAUGACAUGCUUUUCACCACCAGUGUUUCUAUUGAAUGUUCAUCGAAACGCUUACCUUUGUUCUGACUCAAGAAAAGAUGCAAAACGACGUACCGUAGCCUGUGAUCAAAGGCUUGAAUCAGCUUAUGAUGGCAAAGCAUUUUCGGACGGCAGAUGUUUCAACGGGUCGAUUCAGCUCAAAACGAUAAUCAACGGUCACGAUAACUACCAAAAGUGUGAUGAAAAUAACAUGUGGUUGCUGAAACCUGACCGGGAGCAAGGCCAGUUUCAAAUUAUUCAAAUGUGCUAUCGGGAACCAUUAUUCGCAGGAGACCCACGCACAGCUGAGGGCAGUGACGUGUAUACAUGGAUAGAAGGAAAUUCGAUUGGGACACAAGGAUUCUGGAAGUUCGAGAAUGCUCCGAAUGGGCACUACUUUAUUAAGAACGUUAGACAUAGAGAAUAUUUGUACGCGUCCGACUAUCGUGAGAAAGGAGUAUUUACAUUUAGAUACUUUUUAGAAGAUUGGGAGCACGAGUGGCAGUUAGACGAAUAUUUUUGGUGGGAUUUAAUCGAAGCUGAUUAGGAGUAUAAUCCAAGUUUCAUUUUUCGUCUAUAUUACAUUUUUUAUUAUGAGUUUUAAUUGAAAAGUUGGCUAGCCUUUAACACCCGCUUCUUCCUUUAAUGCAUCUUUCGUAUCAUCUUCGCUUGAAGCGGCAACUUUCAGCCGAUCAGGUACGUUGGAGGUGAAUUUAAACAGCACCGGCAACUCUCCAAGGCAAGGAUUACCAUGCUUUUCCAACAACCGCACCCACGACAACAGUGAAUCUUUUGUUGACGUUCCCGUGCAGCAUAUGGCAAAAAUUGUGCCAUCGUCUUGCUCGUGAAUCGAUCGUUUGAAUCCAAUUUUGUUGCGAGGGGUUUCCAUCGAAUGACUAAUACCGAUGCCCACAAAUGGUAUUUUGAGAUUCCGAACAUCUAGAGAAAAUUAAAAAUUA